AUGUAUCAUCGUCAUUCUCAUCAUUCAUCACAUGGACGGCAUCGUUUUCACCAAAUGCCACCCACUGCUAUGCAAUAUCCAAGAUCUCAAUUACAUUUUGGACACAUGAUGAUGAAUCGUCCUAUGUUUUAUCCUCCAUCACCUCCUAUCAAGCAAGACGGUUUCUUUAACAUUUUAUUUUCUAAACUUGGCGCAUUAUUUGGUAUCAACAGAAACCGAAGACGGAGGGGAGUAAUAAGUGGUGGUGGUAUUGGUGGCAUCGCAGCAGCUGGUGGUGGAGUUACAUCAGGUGGCGGUGGAGGCUCAUCAGGUUGUGGAGGUGGAGGAAGUUGUGGAGGUGGAGGAGGAGGUAGUUGUGGAGGAGGAGGUGGUUGUGGUGGAGGAGGAGGAGGGGGAGGAGGUGGCUGUGGUGGGGGUGGUGGUGGCGGCGAUUAA